UGUCCACUUGAAUAUGUCAAUUUACGCUGUCCGACUUUUUGCAUGAGUCCUAGGAGGCAGUUUCAAGUUUGUCCACAUAGCGGUACUAUACAAUAAAAAUGCCAUGCGCUCUGCUCACCGACUCAAGUGAACAAGGUCUGCAAGACUUUCUGUUAAGUUCUGUUCAAGUGUCGGGUUGCGUUUUUCAGUGCGCAGGAGUUCGGUGGACUGUACACAUACUUUAAAGACAUGGCAUAGGCCAUUAUCGCAAUGGAAAAAUCUUGCUCCAUAGUCUGGGCUUUCUCUCUCACUUAGCUAACUUUCGUCUGGGUCGUGCGAUUGACCCUCAAGAAUGCGUGAGCCAUAAAUUAAAUAAAGCUCCCAUUCUGAAGUGGAUCAAUUUCUUUGACAACGCGCGAAGUGCAUUUCAUCCCUGCGGACAAAACUGCUACUGGAUAAAGGCAACUUAGGUCACAUUCAUGCGUGCACAUCUUGCUAGCCAGUGAGACAUUGAUGCAGGAACAGAGAUAAGCCUAUUGCAAUGUCUGCCAAAAACUCCACCUCUCCACUGUCUCCAUGUUCUGAGGGAGAAUUCGGGAGGGGUCAGGAAUCCGAGAAAUGGGACAACGAGGAGAGAGACAGGAGGGCUGACCACUCGGACAUGCCCCCCACACCACCACAGCGCACCCAGUCACCUGUGGAGGAGCAGCAGCCCAUCAGCAGUCAGCAGCAAGACUCUGAGCUGGAUGGCCUCGGCCCAGCACAGCAGGACUCAGACAGCAAUAAGAUGAGCGCCUUGUAUUCUCAUCUGAACAACUCCAACGUCUCGUCCCCACACAAGCCAGAGGAGCGCCCUGACCCCCUGAACGCUUCUGCUUUUGGGACCCUGGAGCGACGCAAGGGUAGCCUGGCUGAUGUGGUGGACACACUCAAACAGAAGAAGAUGGAGGAGAUGACAAAAACUGAACAAGAUGAAUCGACUUGCAUGGACAGAUUUCUGUCAAAGGACUGGAAGGAGAGAAUGGAACGGCUGAAUGCAAGUGAGCUUCUUGGAGACAUCAAAGGUACUCCAGAGAGUCUGGAGGAGAAGGAGCAGCAGCUCUCCACCAUGAUCACUCAGCUCAUCAGUCUGCGGGAGCAGCUCCUGGCCGCCCAUGAUGAGCAAAAGAAGAUGGCUGCCUCGCAAAUGGAGAAGCAGCGGCAGCAGAUGGAGCUGGCUCGCCAACAGCAGGAGCAGAUUACAAGACAACAGCAACAGCUCCUGCAACAGCAGCACAAGAUCAACGUCUUGCAACAGCAGAUUCAGCCUAGCAGACACCACAUCACUGGAGCCAUGCCUGAGGCUCGACGCACGUCUGUGGUCUCCUCUCUCUCCCUGCCUCCCCACAUCCUUGCAUUAGGGGUCCAGGGUCACAUGCCUCCUCUGAUGAUCCCCCUCUUCCCCCACGACCAGCGUUCCCUGGCUGCGGCCGCAGCUGCCCAGCAGAGCUUCCUCUUCCCCCCAGGGCUGUCCUACAAGCCAGGUGAUAACUACCCCAUGCAGUUCAUUCCAUCCACCAUGGCAGCUGCUGCUGCGUCAGGCCUGAGCCCAUUACAGCUGCAGCAGUUGUAUGCCGCCCAGUUGGCCAGCAUGCAGAUCUCUCCUGGAGCCAAGAUGUCCACUCUCCCUCAGCCCACAGUAGCCAACACCUCAGGAUCUCUCUCCCCCACCGGGCUCAAGAGUGAGAAGAGGACCUCCAGUCCUCAAACACACAUGAAGGACGAGGGCACUCAGCCUCUGAACCUCUCCGCUCGUCCCAAGAGCAUGGAGGCCAUGCGCUCGCCCACCUCCCCCUCCCACAGCCUCUACCCCGGCAAUAAAACAAGUCCAAACAGCCUGGGCAAAGGUGGCAUCCCCAGCCCAAUCCCCAACAUGAGCCGUGCAUCCUCACUCGACAUCCUGUCCAGUCUGAACUCGACAGCGCUGUUCGGGGACCAGGACGCGGUGAUGAAGGCCAUCCAGGAGGCGAGGAAGAUGAGGGAGAGGAUGCAGAGGGAGCAGCUCCAGCAGCAGCACAGCCUGGACGCCAAGCUCUCCAGCCUCAGCGGCAUGAACCUCCAUAAUGGCAGCCAGGCACGUACACACUUUGAGAGCCUAGGGCAGCAUCUUGGAAAACUGGGUGAGGAUAUGAAGCUGGGUCACAGGGUCAUUGACCUUACCAGACCUGAGGAUAUGGAAGCAGGGGGCGGUGGCACUGUGGAGGCGCGGGUGUUCCGGGAGGCUCGCGGGAGGCACACCAAUGAGCCCCACAUCAAGCGGCCCAUGAACGCUUUCAUGGUCUGGGCCAAGGACGAGAGGCGCAAGAUCCUGCAGGCCUUCCCUGACAUGCACAACUCCAACAUCAGCAAGAUCCUGGGUUCCCGCUGGAAAUCGAUGUCCAAUCAGGAGAAGCAGCCAUACUAUGAGGAGCAGGCUCGACUCAGCAAGAUCCACCUGGAGAAAUACCCCAAUUACAAGUACAAACCCAGGCCCAAGCGGACCUGCAUUAUCGAUGGGAAGAAACUGCGCAUCAGCGAAUACAAGCAGAUGAUGCGCUCAAGACGGCAGGAGAUGAGGCAGUUUUUCAACAUGGGGCCACAAACUCAUGAGAUACCUGUUAACUCGAGCACAGGUACGAUAUAUCCAGGUAACAUCACCAUACCGACCACCCCGCCUGCGCCUCACAUAGCAUCAGACUGCUCCAGUGUCUCUGGCAGCCCCGAGCCGGCCAUUCCUGUCAUCCAGAGUACCUUUGGCGUGAAGGUGGAGCCCAGCGCCUUGCCAACCAGCGAACCCACCAACGGCGAGGACGAGAUGGACAUAUACGAGGAUUUUGAAAACGAGCCCAAAUCAGACUACAGCAGUGACAAUGAAACGCGGGAGCCGGUCAGUGCUAACUGAGCAUGCUCAGACCACCCCCCCUGUAAAGUCUCAUACGGACUGAGCUUGCUUGGACAGCGUCCCACCAACGGGCCGGACUGUUCUGGCACGGUAGCGGUGUGGGGUGGAGCGGAGUGGAGCUGGCAUGGCACGUGCCGGACUCUCCAGGAUUUUCCCACCGACUGGAGCAGGCUCGGGAGCGGCCGCUCCACGCCACUCAAGACAGUGGCACGCAGCAGCCAACCAAGUCACUGUCUAGGCACCAAGUCGUCUGGCCUAGCCAUGGUGCUCAGCAGUAUCUCAUACAACUGUGGGCUAACAAAUGCAGAUGACAAAUGCAGAUAUAAAGAUGACCAAAUCAUUGAGCUGGAGAGAGAGAGAGAGAGAGAGAGAGAGAGAGAGAGAGAGAGAGUGUCUCCAAGGGAGCGUAGGGGGAGAAGGGGGAGUAUUUCUAGAUAAGAUGAUCAGAUGUCAUGAAACUCACUGAUGUUUUGCAUGUACAGUAUGUGCUCAAGUAAAGUGUGAAGAUGGGUAUUCGCGAUCAAUUUGUUACCAUUCAAAGCAUUAGAAGUCACUACAAUACAUUUAUUAUAUCCAAACUGAGAAUACCUCCAUUUCCAAACCGAAAAUCAAAGUAUAUAUUGCUCAUUAAAUUAUUUAUGGACGCCAACAUAUGGAUGGAUCCGUUUCGAUAGAGGUAUUUAUUUGGGCGUUUGGCGGCAUGUUGUGUUCUGAGGGAGAUGGAUGUUAAGCACUGGAGCUGGUGGAGAUACUCCCACUGCAUGUGUGUGUGUGUGUGUGUGUGUGGUGACAUGUCCACCCACCCAGCUCUACUCUGCUCAUGUGCUCUGGUUCUGACCGUCACCAUACCAACCGAUGAAGCUCACAGUCUCCGCCUGUUCUGUUGUUCUGUUUUUGAUCGACUGAGCCAGAGUCAGAGACAGGAGAUGAUUCAGCUAAAUAUGUGUUGUUUUUUAGGAUUGCAUGCAUCUGAGGCUAUUAGUCUUAAAUCUGUUUGUUGGUCUUAAGACAUUUCUUAAUGUGUGAAGUUAGGUUGUUUUUACUUUUAUUUAAUCCUUUACAUGUAUAUAUUUCUUUUCCUCUUGCCUCAUGGACACUUUUCAUAGUCAAGUCGUAGCCUAUUAAAACCUUGUACUGUCAGGACUUGAAACUUAAAACGAUAGUAUUUAAAAUAAAAGUAUUGCUUUUUUUUCAGUCUAAAAUGUUACUCGUACUCCCCAUUGAACUCUAAUAUUAAUGUUUGAAAUGGGGUUCCUUCGCUCACUCAGGAAUGUUGUGCCAGCGUGUGAAUGUGUUUUGAAUGAACUAUUUAAAACUCCGGGGGUGGGGGGGGAAAUUAGCUACAUAGUUGACUUUCAAUCCCAUUGUUUUCAGUAUGUUUUGUGUUUUUAUUUGUUGGAAAUCUAAAGGUGCCAAAAAGUAAAGUAGUCGAAAUCAUAAAUUAUUAGUAAAGGCACUUAACAGCACAAUCGCUUAAUGAAAUUCCAGCCUAAUUACUCAGGAUGUUGCCAGUUUUCUCUAUGAUCACCAAGUAGUGGGGGGGGAAAGCCCUACAAUCAUGUGAUCCGUGGUGUCUUCAUGGUGAACACAAGAACACACUCAAGUGUUUGGAGCCUUGGGUUAGAGGGGAUGACAUAGAGAAACAGAUCUGAAGACAGGGAGCCAGAAGGUUUACAAUAUCUUGAGCUGACACCAUCAAUGUUUUAAAAUGAGUCUUAAAUUUCAUUGCCAUUUAAGAGGUUAUUUGUAUAUGUAAUGUAUAAAUUAAAAUGCAAGAUGUGUAGAUGUGCGUGUGCGAAAAGAAUCCCUAAAAUAUUGCAGGACUGAUUCCACAAUCACAUUUAAACUAUACGGUUUACAACAGUGGCAAAUAUACAAGUGUUACCUCUACUUGCAUAGUGAUUUAAUUUUUCUCCAAAGGUGUCAUUGGUGAUUAGGCAGAAUUGUUCAUCCAUACCUAUUUUCUAAGUGUUACAAAGACUGGAUUUUAAUCAGACUUGUCUGCUGCCAAAUGUCAAAUUGGUGUAAUGGCAUCUAGCAGUGAUAUGGGAGUAUUAACUUCUGGUCAUAGUUUUCAUAGUCUUAAUUUUUUCUACUUUUUUGGAGGGGGCGGGGGUAUUUUAAAUUAAUGUUUGCAGUUCCUUUUUUAUUUCAAGUUUACUAAUUGUAAGUUAUUUGAAAUUCUUUAAAAUUUUCAUAGGGCAAUGUUUGUAGGCUGGUUUUGUUUGGAAUUUGUACAUUUUUCACGUCUGUGCCAAAUAAUGUUAUGCUGGUUCAAAGACAAGACAAGAUGAUGUAUUGUCAUUGAAAUAUUGAAAAAGAGAUAAAAACAAAAAAUAUAUUGAACCUUUGUAGCGAUUCUGUUAAAUAUUAUAAGUGUUAUGAGCACUGGAUAUAAAGUGUAUUUUUAACAAAUUCUGACUAAUGUGAAGAUGUUCUACAAAACAACACAUGGGUUGUGACUAAAAUGCACACAAUUCUGAAUCUCUGACAUUUUGACAUCUGUUUCAUUUUAUGUCAUUGACACUUAAUUUCAAAAGAGAAUGAAUGAAUAUUGACGCUCCAGUGCUGCCUGUGGGGUCGUGACUUGUCAGCCUCCCUCAACUGUAACACACGCACACACACACACACACACACACGCACACAUAUCCUGGACAUACACACAGAACACUUUUGUGUUAAAUAUUGUAUUUGAAGCUAUUUAGUGUAUAAUAACAUUUUGUUGUAUUUAUUAGCCUCUACUGGCUCUAAAACAAUGCGAUCAAAUGACAAUCAGAAAAAUAAAGACUCUGCAAUUUGGA